AUGCCAGAUCGAGGGUAUAUACCCUGGGACUUCCAUCCAAUGUCGGAUGUGCACCAUCUUCCGCCCCCCUACGAAGCUCAUCGACCUCCAUUGAUGCCAUUAUCAGACAAGAAACGGCCGAAACUCGAAUUACGUCCAUUGCCCACUCUGCCGUUGUUACCCAUUGGAUCUCAGGCCAGUGUCACGCGUCCCACCCACCGAAGAAGAGCAUCAGGCGGAAAUUUUGGAACGAAACCUCCCUUGCUGGUUGUUUGCAAUCGGAAUGAGAAUGACUCCCCCAUAUCACCCGACUCUCCCAUCCUCCUUGGUCGUCCGCGUCUCAUACUAUCUCCAACAAGCACACACGCAUUUCCCGACCUUUCGAGAUUAUCGAAGGCUGUCAGAGCUAUUCCUCCAACACCAAAAACACCCCGCUUCCUCGUUCAUUCACCUGAGCCGAUGAAGGAAAGCUUCACGCCAAUCACUCCUGGCUUCAGAAUUCGUGCAAGACCGGCGAAUGCGAAGAGGAUAGCGAGGCAUGGAUUCGGCGAUGGAUCGGUUGGGGACAUACCUGAUAGUGUUCUGGAGGAACUCCGAGCACUGCCCGAUAGAUCGUUGCUUCGAGGUGAGGGAGGUGACAGUUCCGACAGCUCAUCAAGUGGCGAGAGCGACGAGGAGGAUUUUAUUGCUGGUUACGAGUCGGAUUCGAUGGUAGAGGAAGCGAAAAAGCGAGGUUCGCUGCAUUGGGUCCAUGAUUUUGGCGAGGAUGAGCGAUGGAUGGCCGAGAGUUAUUCGGACAUUCUCAAAGCACUAUGA